GGACUGGAGCAUCAGUUUGCAUUUCAAGCUCUUUAUAUUAUUUUAUUGUUUAUAUUUAUAUUAAGUAAAACUUAAUAAAAUAACAAAGAUGAAAUUCAUCGGCUUGGUUCUCUUAAUCGCUUUAUUUAUUGCUGCUUGUCAAGGACAAGAUACUGCCAAAGAUGACAAAAUUAAUACCGGGUUAUACAAUAAUAAGGAUUACGCCUACGGGUAUUACAACCGUCCCGGUCAAUUAGGGUACAAUGGAUGGAAUCGUAAUGGAUAUGGUACUGCUGGAUACAGUGGAUAUGGAGGAUAUGGUACUAACGGCUACGGGUCUUAUGGAUAUGGCGCUAAUCCAUACGGCGCUAAUGGAUAUUAUGGUAAUUCUGGAUACUACGGUAAUACUGGAUACGCCAAACCUGUACCAGCCUACUACUGAGAGCUAAAAACUCUAAACAAAAUGUUCAAGGUUUCAAACUAUCAAAUAACAAAAUUAAUUUUGUAUACUAAUUAAUCUAACACUCUUUAAUAAACAAUUAAUAAUGGCAUCACA